UAGUAACGCAUCAAUUAAUUAAUCAAAUCAAUCUAAAACCCUAAACCCCCAAUUCCACCACACCGGCGUUUCAUCGGAAUCUCAUUCAGAAUCUAGACCUCGAUCUUAAAACAUGUUACCUACUGAUUUAACAAAGAAACUAUCGUUUAAGCGGAACAUAACCGAUGGAGAUUUAGUUAUCGUAUACGAAAAACACGACACCAUGAAGGCUGUAAAAGUAAGUGAAAAAUCUGUUCUUGAAAACCGUUUCGGGGUUUUUAAGCAUUCGGAUUGGAUAGGGAAACCGUUUGGGUCCAAAGUGUCUAGUCACAAAGGCGGGUUUGUUUACUUGCUGGCUCCAACGCCCGAGCUUUGGACGUUGGUUUUGAGUCACCGGACGCAGAUUCUUUAUAUUGCGGAUAUUAGUUUUGUUGUUAUGUACUUGGAAUUGAUUCCUGGUUGUGUCGUGCUUGAGUCGGGGACUGGAAGUGGUUCGUUGUCGACUUCGUUAGCUAGGGCUGUUGCUCCUACUGGACACGUUUACACGUUUGAUUUUCAUGAACAGAGAGCUGCGGCUGCUAGAGAAGAUUUUGAGAAGACAGGAUUGAACAAUUUGGUCACAGUGGGAGUCAGAGAUAUCCAAGGUGAGGGGUUCCCAAAAGAUUUAAGUGGUAUGGCGGAUGCGGUUUUCUUGGAUCUACCCCAGCCUUGGCUUGCUAUUCCUUCAGCUGGAGAAAUGUUGAAACCAGAUGGAGUCUUGUGUUCAUUCUCACCUUGUAUUGAACAAGUACAACGUUCAUCUGAAACUCUCACGUCAAACUUUACUGAUAUAAGAACAUUUGAGGUCCUUUUGCGCACAUAUGAAGUUCGAGAAGUGAAAUUGGGCCAAUUUGAAAGUGUGGAAGGUACUCUUGGCUCCCGUCCAAACAAGAGGAAGCACAACUCACCUGAAGCUAGUGAUUGGCAACAAGAUAGUUCUGGUGCAUCUAUUGUGAUGGCUAGACCAUCUGGUGAGGCAAAAGGGCACACCGGCUAUCUAACAUUUGCUAGACUUAAAUGUGUCGUAUGAUGAAACCCUUGGUCCGCAUUAGACUCUAAUUUUGGUGCGCCGGUUAUUUUUGGUUCAAUGUAUGUCUUUUUGUAGCUUUAACGAGGUACAAUGUCUAGCAAAAAGUUUACUUCCAAGCAUCUUGUUUUGAAAUUCUGUUAAAGCAAGCUGAUCCCACCAUAUUUAUAGGCUUUCAAUCUAAGUUCUUGAAGAAAAGAAACUUA